AUGGCCUUUAUGCCACGGAUCAUUCUCCUCUUGAUCGCAAGCCUGAGUCUGCAGGUACAGGCGCUACCACACGCACUCGUGAAGCGCGCCUCGCGCACAAGUCCCCCAAGCGGCUGUUUAACCGUCCGAAACUCAGGAACCAAGUCUGGAGAAUACGCAACCUUAGGCUCAGCUUUAUCCGCAUUAGGUACCUCGUCCACGGCGACAGCAUGUAUAUUCAUCUACAGCGGCACCUACAACGAGCAAGUCACCGUGAACUACAAAGGCCCGCUCACCAUCUACGGAUACACCACCGACACUGGAACCUACAAAUCCAACACUGUGACUAUAACCUCAGGCAUCAGCUCGCCGGCCGCUGGCUCCCUCGACAAAAGCAGCACCGUCAACAUCGUCAGCAGCAACUUCGCUGCAUACAACGUCAACUUCGUGAACUCGUAUGGCAAGGGCGCGCAGGCGGUUGCUGUGACUGCAAACGGGAAUAUGCAAGCGUUCUAUGGCUGCGCGUUUAAGGGGUAUCAGGAUACGCUUUAUGCAAAGGAUGGAGAUCAGUAUUAUUCGAAUUGCUAUGUGGAGGGUGCGGUCGACUACAUCUUCGGAAAGGCGUCGGCGUGGUUUGGCGAGUGCACUAUCGCGAGCAAUGGCGGUGGAGCUAUCACCGCGAGCUCGAGGGAGGACGCAAGUGACCCGGCGUGGUAUGUUUUCGAUCAUAGCACUAUCACAGCAGCAUCUGGGACCAGCUUGAAUGGGCAAGUCUACCUCGGCCGCCCAUGGCGCGUUCUCGCCCGCGUCAUCUUCCAGUACAGUUCGCUUUCCAACGUGGUGAAUGCGGCUGGGUGGACUACCAUGGCUGAGGGUGCUACUCCGAUUUAUGAAGAGCUGGGUAAUACAGGGGACGGGGCGAGUACGUCGGCGAGAAGGUUCUUGACGAAGACGAGUGCUGCGGUUACGAAGGCGCAGUUGUGGCCUAGCUCGGGCACUUCGUGGAUUGACUCCUCGUAUUAGAUCGGCGGUAUGGUUCUUGUUACUCUAUGUGGCUUGCUCUCUUGCUUUACUAUGUGUAUCCGAGACGGAUGAGAGAGGAGGUUUGAUGCGCUUUAUGUCCAUUGUCUUCUCUUGCCUCUGUCUCUGUUUCUUACACAGCGGGUACAUGGGCCGAUGAUAAUGAUUUCAAUAUAGGCACGCUAUUUUCUGAC